GAGCGCGUUCAUUUAUCCGAAAGAAAAAAACCACAGAACUAGUCAGGCUUUUAGAGACGCCUGCAGUUUUAGCAGAUUUCUUCUGUUUAUUCAAGAAGCUAAGCUAAAAAAGGAAAACAAUCCCAACAGACACCGUGUUUGUGUCCGAAACUUUUACAAGUCCAUCGCUGGAUUGUUAUCGCGUGUUUUUGUUUGCACAGCCCUCUUCCUUUCUGCGUCACCCAAACGCUUUAGCUUUAGCCACCUAGCCUGUGAGAUCCAGAGAGCCCUGGAAGUGUGUGUCUCUCUCUCUCUCUCUCUGUGUGUGUGUGUGUGUGUGUGUGUGUGUGUGUGUUCAGGAGUCUCUCUCUCUGUCUCUCUCUCACACACACACACAACAUAACGGUUCGUCCCUUCCUUUUGUUUAUGACUUUGGUUUAAGGUGCAACAAUGAACUCGAAGAACCUCAAGGCUUUCCUGGAGUCCUCUCUAAACGAGAUCUUCAAGGCGACUGUGGAUAACAUCCUGGACUCUGUAGACCAGACUCUGGCCGAGUAUCAGGGACAGAUCCGGCGGAUUACCUCAGAAAAUGAGAGUCUGAGAGAAAAACUGCGGGCUCAAGAGGCCAUCACAUGCCAGGUGAACACAGUGCAGGACGAUCUUGUUGUUGAUGAUGGGGACUUAAAACCAACGUUUCUUCAUCAUCCCACUUUACCUGGACAUAAAGGUCCAGGGAAAGCCUCUCAGAAACAGAGGGAUGAUUGGAGAAAAACAGCAGGAAGCUCUAGGCCUGUAUUACUGAAACAAAGCCCCCGUCCAACCGACAGCGGAGCGCAUCAGUUAGACGAAGAAGCGCCGAGUACCACAGGACCUUACGUAAAGAUUGACCCAGACUUUGACAAUGACGGGAGCUUGUUAAAUCAUCAAUCCCCUGUUAACCUUACUACUAAGAUUAUUAAAGUCGAAGGGUCCGAUGAGAACUUUUCAGAAUGUUACAUCGGAUCUCCAACAGACCAAUCCCGAGACAGCGACGGCGAGAUUCAAGUAACCAUGGUGUCCAAUAAACACCUGAGCAGCACUAUGAGUGAAGAUGAAGCCAGUGAUAUUGGUCAUCACGAAUCGGAGAAGUCGGCACAGAGCAUAUCUGAGGAGGAUAUCGAAGAUCCAAAUGACGACGGCGUUCUUGGUGUCUGUUUUGACGGCGAUGUUGGGCUGGCUUUAGAACCAGACAAGGGAUUUAUAGAAAUAUUUCAAUCGACGGACUCUGCAAACUCGAAAGAGCUGAAAGACAGCAAAACCUUCCACUGCGCACUUUGCGAUAAGAGCUUCGGUCGAAUGGCGUCGCUUAACAUACACAUGAGGACUCAUACCUCAGAGAGAGCUCACAUCUGCACCUACUGCGGCAAGGGUUUUAGCCGAGCUGAUCUUCUGAAGAACCAUCAACGCACCCACACAGGAGAGAGACCGUAUUCCUGUAACCUGUGCGGAAAGAGUUACGGUCAUCAGGGGCAGCUCCGGAUCCAUAAACGAACCCACACUGGUGAGAAACCCUACGCCUGCCCACACUGCGCCAAGCGCUUUACUGAACACAACCAACUCAAAGUGCACCUCCGGACGCACACAGGCGAGCGGCCGUACUCGUGCAGCGUCUGCGCCAAGACUUUCGCCAGUGCUGGAAACCUGAGGAUCCAUCUCCGGAUUCACAGUGGAGAAAAACCGCAUUGUUGUAGCCAGUGCGGGAAGAGGUUCAACAGCCAAGGUGACCUCAAAACACAUCUGCGCGUACACACGGGUGAACGUCCGUACCACUGCGAUCUCUGCGAAAAGACUUUCAGCCAGGCCGGCCACCUCAGCAUCCACAUGCGCAUGCACACGGGCGAGAGGCCGUACGAAUGCAAUAUAUGCGGACGCACCUUCACUGUGGCCAGCAGCCUCAAGCUCCAUCAGCUCACCCACACCGGAGAGAAGCUGCACACCUGCGUACGCUGCGAGAAAAGCUUCAGCAGGGCCAGCCAUUUGAAAAGACACGAGCAGCUUCACAUCAAAGAGGAAGCUUUACUGAUGGCUGCUGAUCAGUCGUCGUCGUCGCCACCGCUGGUAGAUCAAAAGCUUCAUGGUGGACACUAAGUACAAAAUUUGGAAGGGAUGGAGUGAACGAUGGCUUCAUCCUCACACACUGUGGCCAUGUUAUCGAGUAAACCUUCCUCGUUGGCCGCUUUGUAUCAUCAGUUUGUCAACACCUCCACUGCCCCAUCCACCAACAUAGGUGACUACCGCUGAGCACAUGUCAUUUCGAUGGUGGUCUGUUCUCAGUACAGCAGUGGAAUUGACAUUUGUAGUGUGUGGCCUAUCAGGAACGUGCAAUCUGCCCUCUUCUGCAUGAAUUGCUGUGGCAUCAUCGGGAUUCAAACUCGCGAUCCCCCGACAAUAAGGUGGGAGCUUUUAGUAACAAUGUUUUAAAGACUCCAGACAUUAUUGCAGAACCUGCAGAAGGUGUGCAGCCAGAGAUCGAAGAGAGAUCAUCUUUUUUUUCUGAGCACAACACUGCUCCACGAUCUUGGUACAGAAUGAAGGAGAGAAACACGGAGCGCUGAGAAACACUGCUGUAUCUUUUACCUUCAUGUCAUACCACUGGGGCCACUGUGCUGAAAAUAAUCCACCAUCCAAAUAGUCCUGUGUUGGUCCCUUUCAGUGAUGGGCAGGUGUCGAGGGCUUGACUCAAUACAGUUAGUAAUGUCGUACACCUAUAAAGUGACCUACGUCUGUGUUACAGUAGCCUGUGAGUGCAGGUAUCUGUCUCCAAUGAAGUGGCACCAUGUGUGUAAUAUUCAUACAUUUCAUUUUGCUUUGCAACCCUUUAUUGCACAGUGAAGGGAAAAUCAAAUAUCCAGGUGCCAAGCAUGACACUUUGGAUUAAUGAGGUUUGAGAAAGUUUGAUGUAAGUUAGUGCUUUGCGUUGGUUUCAAGUUAAAGAAAAUGACCUACUUGCCUGAUCCUUGCACCUUACAUUUCUGCUCUUCUGGUCAUUCUGGGUUCUUGGGUUUCUUCCCAACUCUGGAAAAACAUUCCAGUAGGUGAAUUGGUGAUGCUAAAUUGCCCAAAGGCCUGACACUUACUGGUAUAAGCUCCAGAUCCACCAUGAACCAUGACCAAGAUUGAAGCAGAUCCUACAAGGCAUGAAUGGUCAUUAUGAGAUUUUCUAUAACCAAAGAUGGGUUAAAUUACCAUUCUGCACAUUUUAAUCGUUACUUUUAACACUUCCUAAAAGUACACCAUUCAUUUCAGUUCGUCGUUAAAGCUUAUAGAAAUUGAAUGCAGGACGAUUAUGUGGGCCGCUUUCCUGCAAUACCUUUUAAAAAGAGCUUGAAAUAAUGUUUAGAUACAUGUGGCGACCCUUCAUGUGGCAAAUAUUUGGACAUUAUCCCUCAUGUAUAAUUCUCAAACUUUUCUCUUUGGCACUCAAUCACAUAGUUCGAACAUCCGACUGCCUCCAGAAAUGAAAAGCGAUUACAUUCCAGCUGUGGUGCAGGAGCAUCAUGGAGGUUUUUCCACAGCUGGUGUCUGAUUACAGAUGGAAUUGAUUUAAGCGUUAUGUAGCUGUCCAAAUAAUUCAUCAAACCCGAUGUUUCAGCUAUUUUUUCCCCUUAUUUUAUAUAUUUAUAUAUAUAUAUAAUAAUGGCAGCCACAUUGAAGUCCAGUGGAGUUUCCCAAUCCUCAAUAAUAAUAAAGAGCCUAAUAAAGAGAGUAAAUAUGACAAAAAUGUUCUUCAAUAUAUGGUACCUUCUCAUUUGUGACGUUUUCAAUCUUAAAAAUUGCUCUGAUAAUUUUUUAGCUUUAAUUGGAACUGCUGACGCAUUGAUUCCGGCACUUUCUCCUCACUGGAAACCGAAUUUCUUUUAUUUUUAUUUUUUUUAAAAAUGGAAUCACAUAAGCAGUGUUAUUCUGUCAUUUUCAUAAUAACCGUCAUUAAUCAUAAUAGAAGGACUCGUGAUGUUUUUUCAAAUGGUGACUAAUUGUAACGUACUGAUCAAAAAUGCUGAAAUUGUUCGUUUUUGUAUCUUAAUAUGAUCGUGUCAUUUUUUAUAUGAUUUCUUUCUCGAUGUUUUUGUGCCCCGGAAACUAGCGAUUUCCGUUCAGAUUAACCGAUUUAUCCAUAAAAAAAAAAUGUUUGAAACACGUUUAUUUCCAUAGUCACGGUUUCUUUAUUAUUGUUUUUUUUUUUUUUUUUAAUUAUGCAUUUUAGGGCAUGCAUUAUUGAGUAUUUUUUUCUCACGGUUCCUGUUUGUGCUUCUUCUUCUCUAUCAGCCUACAUAAAGGAACCAUGUAAACUAAACUCUACAGUCUUUUAAAGUUUAUACUCGUAAAAAAUGGCUGUAGGUUCAAUCAACGGUGAUAAACGUAGCUGUUUGACCAAACACAGGACUGUAUCUAUUUAAAGUGCGCACAUGAUACGACGCUUUUAACUUCAAAUUCCCCUUUGACAAGAAAAAAAGUUAGAUGGUGAAGUUAACUAAAAAAGUUUGUACACGUUAUAAUGAUUAAUAUUGUUUAUUUAGUGGAAAUGUAGUGGAAAUGAAGCCAUUCUUUGCAACUGUCAUUCCAUCAUAAU